AUGCCGUGCAAGUGCUAUGUGCCGCGAUGCCGCGGAAACUACACCGUGGACACCAAAGUGCAGGUGUUCAAGUUCCCAAGAGAUCAAACACUGAGGGACGCAUGGAUACGCGCUGUGCCGCGGGAAGACCUCUCCGUCACCGAGAAUGCAAGGGUAUGCGAACUUCCCUUCGGACAUGAGGACAUCACCCGAGAAGCAUCGCAUACUGAUGAAAGUACUGGCCGCACCAUAACAGUGCUCUUAUCCCAUGUCCGUCUUCGCCCUGACGCUGUACCGUCAAAGUUCCCUAGCUGCCCGACCUACCUGCCUAGGGGAGCCACAAGAAGAGAAGAUCCCGACUCCAACUAUCAAUGA